ACAUUUUGUCACAUAGUUGAAUUACUUCUUAUCCAGGAUAAGUCAUGGCGUGUUCGUUACAUGGUUGCUAAUCAACUAUAUGAGCUAUGUGAAGCUGUUGGUCCUGACCCCACCAGGUCAGAAUUGGUCCCUGCAUAUGUUCGUCUGCUGCGUGAUAAUGAGGCUGAAGUACGUAUUGCUGUUGCUGGGAAAGUAACUAAGUUUUCCCGCAUUUUAAAUCCUGACCUUGCCAUUCAGCAUAUUCUACCAUGUGUGAAGGAGUUAUCAACAGAUUCAUCUCAUCAUGUUUGCUCUGCACUGGCUUCCGUUAUAAUGGGUAUGGCACCGGUGUUAGGGAAGGUAAAUAUCACUAUCUAAUCUCAUUAUUUAUACUGACAUAAAUUUAAUACAUUUAAAAAUGUGUCUAUACAAAUGUUUCAAAAGGGAUAAAAAAAUCAUAUGGCUUUGGUUAUUAUAUGGAUAAAUGGUUUAGCAUAUGACGAAGUAUUUCC